GCGGGCCGGGCCGAAGCUGGGCCGGAAGUGGGGGCGGAGGGGAGCCAGCGGGCCGCCGAGCGGCAGCCGCGGCCUAGGCUGGCACCAUGAAGCGGGAUGUGCGGAUCCUGCUGCUGGGCGAGGCCCAGGUGGGGAAGACCUCCCUGAUCAUGGCCCUGGUGGGCGAAGAGUUCCCCGAGGAGGUUCCCCCUCGAGCUGAAGAGAUCACAAUUCCAGCUGAUGUUACCCCUGAGAAGGUGCCCACUCACAUUGUUGAUUACUCAGAAACGGAACAGACAGAGGAAGAACUGCAAGAUGAGAUCCACAAGGCAAAUGUGGUAUGCAUGGUGUAUGAUGUUUCUGAGGAUUCCACCAUUGAGAAGAUCCGAACAAAGUGGAUUCCAUUGGUGAAUGGGAGAGCAGAAAAAGGGCCCAGAAUCCCCAUCAUUCUGGUGGGGAACAAGUCAGACCUACGCUCUGGGAGCUCCAUGGAGACCAUUUUGCCAAUCAUGAACCAGUUUUCUGAGAUAGAGACCUGUGUAGAGUGUUCUGCCAAGAACUUGAAAAACAUCUCAGAAUUGUUCUAUUAUGCUCAAAAGGCAGUUUUACACCCUACAGCCCCCUUGUAUGAUCCAGAGGAGAAGCAGCUAAGGCCAGCUUGUGCUCGAGCGCUCACCCGCAUCUUCAGACUCUCUGACCAGGACAACAACCAGGUGCUGAGCGAUGAUGAGCUCAAUUACUUUCAGAAAUCAUGCUUUGGAAAUCCUUUGGCCCCUCAAGCCCUAGAGGAUGUGAAGAUGGUGGUGUGUAAGAACACGACAGACGGCGUGAAGGAUGACGGGCUGAGCUUGGAUGGUUUCCUCUUUCUGAAUACCCUCUUCAUUCAGAGGGGUCGUCACGAGACCACCUGGACCAUCCUGCGCCGCUUUGGCUAUGAUGAUGAGCUGGAGCUGACUGCUGACUAUCUUCACCCACUGAUCCGUGUUCCUCCUGGCUGUACCACUGAGCUCAGUCACUUUGGUUACCAGUUUUUGCAAAAGAUGUUUGAGAAGCAUGACAAGGACCAAGAUGGAGCUCUCUCCCCUUCUGAGCUUCAGAGCUUCUUUAGCCCAUUCCCUUCUCUGCCUUGGGGCCCUGAACUCUACAAUACGGUAUGCACCAAUGAUAAAGGCCUGCUUUCCCUGCAUGGAUUCCUCUGCCAGUGGACGUUAGUAACCUACCUGAACAUCCACCACUGCCUGGAGCACCUUGGUUACCUGGGUUACCCUAUCCUGUGUGAGCAAGACUCUCAGACACAUGCCAUCACAGUUACCCGAGAGAAGAAGGUGGACCUGGAAAAGGGACAGACGCAGAGGAACGUCUUCCUUUGUAAAGUGAUUGGUGCUCGGGGUGUAGGCAAGUCAGCAUUCCUACAGGCCUUCCUUGGGAAGAACUUAGAGGCCCUCAGGGAGCACCCAGGAGAACAGUCCUUCCAGGUGAUCAACACUGUGCAAGUCAACGGGCAGGAGAAAUAUUUAAUACUGUCUGAGGUAGAAGCAGACACACAAUUCACUACAGCAUCUAGUGCAUCCUGUGAUGUUGCCUGCUUGAUGUUUGCUGUGAAUGACCCUAAAUCCUUCACCUACUGCGCCAGUGUUUAUAAGCAAUACUAUAUGGAUGGACAGAUCCCCUGCCUCUUUGUUGCCUCCAAGUCUGAUCUGCCGGAAGUGAUCCCACCACGCGGGAUGUCCCCAGCUGAAUUCUGCUACAGGCACCAUCUCCCUCCACCAUACUACUUCACCAGCUGUGGUCCCGCUGCUCCUAGCACCACUGUUUUCACCCGGCUGGCAACUUUGGCCACUUUCCCGCAUUUGAGUGAUUUAGAACUUGGCACAGCCUCCUUUUGGCUCCGGAUGACGCUGGGGGCCGCUGUGGCUGCAGUCCUUGGAUUCACCCUUUACAAGACCCUGGUGAAGAACAAGUAAGGGGAGGGUCUAGGUCGCACCAGACACUGUUGCUGUAGUUGGCUCCUCCUCACCAUCCUGCCAGGGCAGAUCAGGGCUGCCCAUAUCCUGCAGGAACACUUCCUGAUGAGCCUCGACUGGUAUUUUGUGAUGUACCCUCUCCCCACCUCACUAUUUCCUCUAAACUUUGUUUUCUCAAUCUCAGGGCCCUUGAGAGGGGCUGAGGAAGCAGACGGACCUCCCCCAGAUCAUAGCGUGUAUUUUGAGAGCUUUUACAGUUGUCAGGCUCAGUCACCUAAAGAAGCUACCUAGCUAUCUGUCUGAGGCUGGCUGUAAGAGGUUUGACCUUUCUACCUUCCCUGCUUGGUUUUAGGCAUGAGGGGAGGGGAACCAGCAAAGCCCCAGAGGAAGCCCACAGUGGUGAACAGGAAGUUGUUUCCUCCUGACCCCAACUUUCAGCCUAGGUUUACAGUGGGGAGAGUUGACACCCAGGGAGACUGCAGAAAUAGUCUGUGGGGUUCUCAGCUGUGCAGAUCUCCCUCCAUUAGUCACAGACUGUGCCCCAGCCCAUGCUUACUCAUCUGUAUCUGACACACUGAUUCCCAAAGUAGUGUCUCUAGCAGUGUUCUGGACCACAUUUCUUCUUCUUCUUCUUCUUUCCUGGCCUGCUUAGAUGUUCCUGAAUCUCCAUCUUCCUUCUCUCAGCCUCAUGCCCUUAGCCUCUCUCCUUGGCUGCACAGUGCCACAUGCUUAGCUCUGCUCUGAGGGUUUGUGCCAUGCUGGCAUUAUAGGACUAUUGAAUUCCAAAAGAGCCAAUAGUGGGGAGGCAUAUGGCCUCAUACCUGGAAUUCUCCUUAGCUAAUCUCCAACUCCGGGUCACUUCCUUUCCCUUCCUUACUAGGCUUGGGGUUCUGUGGCUUCCUAAGCUGAAGUGCAUGCAGAAGCCCAUAGGCCUGGGAAUGGGAAUAGGAAUAGGGUCAGGAGGCAGACCCUCGAGUGAGGGAGGCCAUUAAGUAUUUUUCCACCAUGAGUGACCCAGAUUUUGGACUAAUGAAAUAAUCAUCCUUUGUUCACCACUUCAGUAUGUGUAUGCAUUAGGGCGUGAAGAAAAAGUAAUUUUGUUUCCCAUUUAAACUGGAAAUUAUAUCUUUUCUAUUGCUGAGACCUCAUACUUUGAAAAAUGUCUUUUUAUGUCAGCCUGAAACCUGUCUCUUCAUCUUCAGUCUUAGCGUGGGCUGGAAUCCAUGCCUUUCUCCCCUUUUCCUCUUCCACUGUCCCUUUCCCUUGAAGGCAUAUCUUUUGAAAAAUCCUCCACGAGGAAUGAUCUCCCCUUCAAAUCCAUGUUGUCCGUCCCUUCCCUGUUGGCACUCAAUGCCUCAUCUAGCUUCUGAAUCUGAGGCAGGGGUGGGAAGCAGCCAAUUCAGCAGGGAGCAAGCACUUGAACCUUUCAGGUACACUCAGGGUAGGGCAGUUUACGUUGUGCUGUUGUGAUGGUGUUAUGUAAACUACCUUUUUAUGCAGUAAUCUAUUUUUAAAAAAGGAUCUAUUUUAGAGCCACAGCCUAGAUACAUUCCAGACCUGGUUCUGCGGAUCUGGAGCAGUGUUAUGUGCUUGGUGCACUGACAUCAAGGGUCUGUGUUAAUCAUUUAGUUUACUUUAAAGUGGAGGCUUCAUGUAUUUAAAAUAGGUAUUUUCCAUUUGAGGCUGAUUGAGCUAUGAUUUUCCUUUGUUAGCGGAAGAAAGAGGGUACAGCAUUCCCUACAACAAUCUCUUCAACUUCUCCACCUCCUAGAUUACAAGCAGAGGCACAAAGACAGAGCCAGAAGAGGGGUAUUUGUUCACUGUCUUGUUCAGCUAGGAUCUUUGUCCUGGGGUUGGCACGCUGUAGCUCUGCCUCAUGUUGUCAAGCAGUCUGUGUCACUAGGAGUGACAUGGAUUCUGCUGAUGUGGCUUAAAGAGCCACUGUGGCAUAUAAGACAGGACCUGGUGGUAAGAGAGCUGGGGGGAGAGAGGUUUUGACCAUCUUCAUCUUCUAAAUAAAUAUCCAGUGAACAUUUGCUCUGGAUGUUGUGUCUUCAGGCCAUUUCUAGGUAGGGAAUGGACUGAUUCAGCCCAAGAAAAUACAGGGCAAAAGCCACAGUGUGUCCUAGAAGAGAAUCAACUUGGGAUGAGUGUCCUUUUCUCUUUGAGAUGUGGUUUUUAAUGUUGAAGGGAGCAGGAAAAGACACUAACUUCAUGGCUUUGAGGAGUGGGCUUCUGGUUCUCUUUGUCCUGAUUUUCCAUUUGGGAGCAGAUUCCUUUUGAGAGCCAGUGCCCCAGCCACUCUAUAUUCCCAGUUCUUGGACUGUCUUUGCCAUUUCUAGACACAUGUGAAAGGAAGUUGGUGUUUUCAUAGCGGUAAGGGGCCUCGAGUUGUUUCUGGGUGUGGGAAAGAGUCACACUGCUAUCCGGAGGCCCUGCUGGUCACUGGCCUUCACUAGUAGAGUCUGGGUUAACAGGAUUCUCUCAGCUCCAGCAUGGCUUUGGAGAAUCCAGCCAAGGGCCUCGGCCUGGGAUGUCUUCUUUUAUCACUGGCUGUUCUCCAUGCUGCUCUGACAUCGUUUGGACCAGUGUCCUGCUGCCAGCAUUGUGCCCAACCAGCUCGGGAGGAACGAAGUCUGGGUUGGGACCACAAGAAAUGCCACUUCUCACAUGCUCUUUCUGUUCGAGUAUCAUGUUCAUUGUCCAAAGCCAUAUAAUUUUAUGAUGGGUUUAACACUUUUCAAUAAAAAUAAGUGUUUGUGCACACUAA